AUGGCACAUAUCGCUCCGGAUUACGACAUCCACAAGCGCAAGCGAGACGUCGAGGACGGCGGACCCCAGUACCAUUUGCCUUUGUCAACGACGAGCCAUCAAGGAGGCGCCGGGUUUAUCAACUACCUUCCCAGGACCAGCGCCGAGCGUCUCGGCCUCCUCCAGGGCGACGCGGAUACGUUUAGCGACAUCAUCGGCGUCUUGGAGCGGCACGAAAGCCUGGCGGCAAGCCUUGGGGCGAAGCUGACGGGGCCGAGGCUGCUCAAGGGCAUUGAAAAGUUCUUUGACGGGCCCAUCCGGACGAGCUCGUCGCAGCCCUACGUGACGGCCAUCAGCUGGCUCGACAUUGUGGCCUUUGCCAAGGCCAACCCCAACAGCUUUAUGCUGACAACCAUGGCCGACGGCACGCGGUGCUGCCACUUUGUAUGCAAGGGCGUGCGGACCGAGAUUUCAGAGGACGACUGGCGCCUCAUCUCGUCGGGCGCGUUCGACCGGUUUCAGCUGGAGCGGCCGUUUGAGGAGGACGAGACGGCGGAGCUGGCGACGCUCGACAUUCUCGAGCAGCGGGCGUCGAUUCUCUACAAAAAAGCCGACGAGGUGGCGGCUAGGGCUCGUAUCCUUCACCACAAGCUCGGGCAUCGGAGAGGCGACCUGGCACGGCGGCGCAGGACACAGGAGGGCGGCGGGGCCCGUUUCCACGCCGUCAACCAGCCGGCCCGUCCCCCGGGCUUCGGCUCGUCGUACGAUCUCCAUGCCGAUCUGCUCCAGCAGUAUAUGGCGGCGCCGCAGACGACGUGCGUGCCGCCGUCCCGGUCCACGUCGGGUGCCGGCAUGUCCGUGGCCAGCCUGGGGCCCCUGUCGCCGGCCAGGACGUCGCCGCACCGGCAGCAGCUUCACCGGCUCUCGCCGCAGGGCGCAGCCGCGGACGUCGGGGGCGAGGCGUACCGGGUGCUCAUCACGCAGAGCACGGACAAGCUGGCCAAGGGGGACAUGAUUCACCCGCCGUGCGACCGCUGCCGACGGCUCCGGCUGCAGUGCACCAAGCACCUGACGGCGUGCCAGGGGUGUACCAAGAAGCACGCCAAGUGCAGCUGGAGGUUCCUGACCGACGACGAGAUUGCGUGGCUGAGGUCCGAGGCCGGCGCCGAGGGGGAGACGACGGAAGGAGAGCAAGAAGGCGGCGGAGGGGGUACCGACUUUCGAGAGGCCCCCGUGGCGAGAGCGGCGGCCGGGGGAGAGGCCACGUCGUCGUCGGGGGCCACAAUGAAUGUGGCCGAGGGCGCAUCGCGGCCGGCAAGCCGCGCCGGGCCGGAGCUCGGGGGGCGGCCGGCGAUGCGCAGCCCGGACCCCUUUUCUGCGGUCAAGUCGGAGGCAAACCAGGAGACGCGGAGGAGCCAGUUGCCGCUGGGGCAGGAAGGACCAGCCCCGACGAGGGAGCAGUCGAGGUCGAGUCGCAUUUCAUCGCUCAUCACCGAGACUGGAUAG